AUGUGCGGCUCGGCGAAGGACAUUGGACUGUGUGCGACCAGGCAUGAGGCACGCACAAUCGCACAGGCGAGGCGUCAGAGUCCUCCCACGUGCAUGCUGCUGACCUUCACAGACCAGGCAUUCCUUCGCACCGCUAACGUGCAAUCGCUCCUGCACCCGCCUCCCCCAUCUGUGCCCUUGCGCCUCUAUUCUCUGCGCAUUCCGCUCGCCACCUCUGCGCCGAACGUAAUAUGGCUUCUACCAUCCGACCACUCUGAAUGCCCGCCCAACAUAGGCGGCAUGAGCGGCGCAGGCGGCGGGGGCUAUGAGGGCAUGCCGGCACCUCAAGUGCCCCCACCAUACCACACGUUCGCGCCGCUUCCGCGCAUCGUGGAACUCCGCGCACCCGUCCCUCACUUGCCUAUGCCCGCUCAUGCGCUCCCCCCAUGGACCCCUCACAUUCCAGUGGCUGGGAACGACCCCGCCUCCUUGCGAGCAAUCAGAAACUGCCGCGUGGCAGGCGAUGACAGGCGGCCAAGGGGUUAUAAGUCUCGGGCAGCAGAAGCGACCGCUGGGGCGGGAGGCGCAACGGAGAGGGCGGACAAUGGGGACAUGGCGGAAGGCAGGGGGGAGACGAACACAGAUUGGCGGGGAAAUAAGCGGCGGAGGGGGGAGAUAGAGGGAAGCAGGUAUGAGUGGGAAUCGGUCCCAAGUGGUGGACAGGGGGGGGCGAACAGGGAGGGAGGGGGGAGGGGAAAUGGGAGAGGAAGCAGGCACUGGGCUGGGAGCAGAGGGCGCGGCGGAAAGAAGCGCGCGGGGAAGGGUGCGAAGCGGUCUGGGGCGCAGAGAGGGGCGGAGUGGAAGGCUCCCAAACCACUGGCGUUCCCAGUCACAUGCCCGCUCUGUCCUGACGUGGUGCUGACGUCACUGCCAGUGCUACAGUCGCACAUGGCGGGCCGCAAGCACCAGGCCGCCGAUGCUGGGCGCGCGCAGCGGGGGGCCGCGAGGGGGGCCGAGGCGCAGGCUGGGCAGGAGCAGGGGGGCCACGUGCAUGACAAGCAGGGGCAUGGGGGGAGGGGGCAUGAGGGGGAGGGGCAUGGGGGGCAGGGGCAUGGUGGGGAGGGGCAUGGGGGGGAAGGGCAUUGGUGGCAGGGGCAUGGAGAGGGGCAUGGAGGGGAGGGGCAUAGGGGGAAGGGGCAUGGGGGGAAGGGGCAUGGGGGAAAGGGGCAUUGGGGGAAGGGGCAUGAGCAUUGGGGAGAGGGGCAUGUGGGGGAGGGGCAUGGGGGGAAGGGGCAUGGGGGAGAGGGGCAUGGGGGAAAGGGGCAUUUGGGGGAGGGGCAUGGGGGGGAGGGGAAUGGGGGGAAGGGGCAUGGGGGGGAGGGGCAUUGGGGGGAGGGGCAUGGGGGGAAGGGGUUCGUGGAGAAGGGACAUGCUGACAGGCAUAGGGGUGAGGGGGGCAGUGGCGCAGUGAAUGGGGAAGAUGGAGGGGGGGGUGUGGGUGGCAUGGGGGGAGUGCAAGGGGAAACGGGGUUGGAGCACGGGGAACAUGGCGGGUAUGGGGGACAGGGGGGGCAUGGGGGGCAUGGCGGGUAUGGGGUGCAUGGGGUGCAUGUGACGCGAUGGGAGUGGGGAAGGGAGAAACCGCAAGUGGAAGAGUGGCGUGAUGGGGGUGUGAAGAAAGAACAGACGGUUGAGAUCAUCGACCUGGAGGAGGAGGAGAAGGUGGAGAAGGAGGAGGAGGAAGUGGAGAUUUUGGAGUUGGACGAGAGUGACAAGGACGAGGUGAAAGAGGAGGGGAGUGAUGAAGUCCCGCAGCAGGGCAAGAGAGCGAGGGCCAUGGGGUGGGCGAGUGUGGGCCCACCCUUUGUGGGGGGGUGGUGUGCGGUGUGUGGGGUGACGUGUCUGAACGAGAGCAACUACAAGUUCCACCUCAAAGGCAAACGCCACCGCUCCGCCCGCGCUGUCUCUCACACAGCCGCUGCUGCUGCUCCCGCUGCGCCUGUACCAUGA